CGUCAUUUAACCACUGCUAGAGAUGGGACGCUUUAAGUCAAUCACAAGUUUAUUGUCAAUUUUCAUCCACAUCCACACAACCUUUCAUUACAAGUCAUUAACUUUGCCCAUCUCUUUCACCAAAUCAAUAUUUGUGGGUGCAAGGGAAUAAAAUUUGUAAAUUCUAAAUUUUCCGUAUAAAAUUACACAACCAUGGCAGAUCUACCUGCUCCUGUUCGUGUUUCGCCCCUCAUUAAAUUUUGCAGAUGGAGUUUCCUGGGAGUAGGCAUCAUGUGGGGGGCUUACCACCAGAGUAGGUUCACAAAGAAAGAAAAUGCUUUUAGGGAAAUAGAAGGUAAAUUGAAGGCUGAGCGUGAUGCAAAACUUGCUGCUGAGAAGAAGGCUGCUGCAGAAAAGGAGAUAGCUGAAUUAGAAAAGUUGGCAAAUAUCAAAUAGAUAUGAAUUGAAAAGAAGUUCUUUUUUAAUGUAUAUUUUAGAUCAGUAAUGUGUUAAGACUAACAUUAAAUUGUUGUGUAUUAUAAAGA